UUUUCCUACUUAUACUGGUAUGCUCACAUCAAUCGACGGAUUGGAGCGAGGAGAAAGCUCAAAAGGGCGAAAGCGUGCACGUGAAGCAAUAAGAUAUGCUAGCCGUACACCAGAGCAAAUCCAAGCAAGGCGAGAACGUGUUAGAGCACGUCGGCAAAAUUUGACACCUAAGGAGAAGGAAGAGAUUAAUGCACGAAGAAGAGAGAAACGAAAACGUAUGACACUUGAAGAGAGAAAUGCAAGCCAGCGAGCAUGUAGGCAAAGUUUGACACUAGAGGAGAGGCAAGAAAGAAAUGCACGCCAACGAGCGCAUCGGCAAAGCCUGCCACCGGAAGAGCGGCGGGCACUUCUAGCUCAACGUAAUGCAAGUUAUGCAUCUAGACGAGAUACCCCAUGCAUGGAUUCCAUUGUAUCAAAUUGCCCUACAGGUUCAUUGCUGGGACAUGCAUCAUCAAGCUCUUAUGCCUUUAGUUACCCAAGUACACUGACUCAAACUUUUUCUACAAUUCAAGGUAAUCUAGAAAGCAUACCUGAAGGAAUGGAAGAUGAUCACAUAGUUUUCACUAGCAAAGGUGACGCUAAUACUGUCCAGUGCAAGGAACUCACAUCGGUGCAAUGUCCAACAUCUACAUCAGUGGACAGUUCAUCAUUGGCCCCUGAUGACUCCAUAUGCCCAGGUUCCCCAACGGAAAGCUUUAAUGUGGAUGAUGAUUUUUCUCAUAUGACCGAAGAAGAAGAUGAUGAGUACUUCGCAUUUGCUGGGAGAGGGAACACUGAAGAUUGCGAUGACAUGGUAGAUGCUUUUACAACAGACAACAUUGUUCCUGACCCAUAUGACUGUGUUUACCAGAAUAUACCAAAAAGUACUCACACGCUGGUGCCAAAGCCUGAUUGCAAGCAUUGCGGCGCAAAGAGGUUCCAGUAUGAGACAAAUGGAUUUUGUUGCCAGUCUAGAAAAAUUAAGUUAGCACAGUCAGAACCACCCUUGGAACUUCAGAUGUUGUACACAAGUUCAGAUAGUGAUGCUGUACAUUUUAGGGAUAACAUUCGCUACUUCAAUGGCCACUUUUCAUUCACCACUCUUGGAGUCAGUCUUGACAAUAGAUACACAAACAUGAGGUCAGGAGUCUAUACAUUCCGAGCCCAUGGUCAGAUUUACCACAACAUCUUCUCAUUUGGUCCAACACAAGAUGGACCUAAGCAUCUAGAGUUAUACUUCUACGAUGAUGACCCGAGUCUACAACAUAGGUUUCGGCGCUCCCCGAACCUAGACCGAGAUGUCAUUCGAAGGCUUGUCAACAUCCUUAAGGAUAAUCCUUAUUCUGAAACAUUCAGGAAUCUAGGUGGAGUCGAUGACCUUGAGGAUUAUCGUAUUGAACUGAACACCGACAUGAGGUUGGACCAACGGAGAUAUAACUUGCCUAUAUCAUCAGAGGUUGCAGCUAUUUGGGUUGAGGGUAAUGAACUAUGUAAGCAUUUUGACCGUAGCAUUGUCUUGUUUGGUAAUGACAACAAGAGAUAUAGCAUCCAACCAUAUUAUGGAUGCUAUGAUCCAUUGUCUUACCCUUUGUUCUUCCCAAGAGGGGAGAUUGGUUGGCAUCCUGAGAUCCCAAAGAACGGUGUCAGCUUGAAUGAGAUACUUCAAUCCCGCCGCAGUGGUCGAAAGAAACCAGGUACAUGUACAAGUAGUCGAUUAUGUGUCUCGGUCAGAGACUACUAUUGUUACAAGUUUCAAAUACGUCGUGGUGUAUUUAACACCAUGCUAUACGGUAAACGACUGUUCCAACAAUAUGUGGUCGACAUGUACAUCAAGGUUGAAACCUCUAGGUUAGACUAUAUAAGAGCAAUAUGA